AUGAUUAUAUCCAUUGUAUCUAUUAUUUCCCUGCUAGUCCCUACGACUCUCUCCAUAUGUCCACCACCUGGCUCUAUACUUCCGCCACCGAUACUUGCUCCAAACACAUCAGAAUUCAACAUACCGGAGUCGCUUUUCAGCAACUUGACUUACCUGGGAGAGACUUCUUUUGCAAUCCAGGCGGCUAUCGGUAACACCACCAUCUUCCAAUAUGAACACUCUGCCCCAGGGCGCCAAGUCAACCAGUCUCUUUUCGAGACCAGGAUUCGUAUUGCUAGUGCAACUAAACUCAUCACUGCACUCGCAAUUGAGCUCAGCAGGGACGAGAUCAGUCUCGAAGACCCAAUUACCAAAUUUAUCCCUGGUUUAAAGGAGGAGUUAUACGGUGAUGUUACCAUCAAAGCAUUAGCGGACCAUACAUCCGGACUAGGCCGCUUCGGCUACACGGGAGACGUUGCAUACAGCAAAGGCGCAACCGCCCUAGGUCUACCAAACAUCACCAACACCCUCCCAGGCUGUGACCCCAUCCCCGGCGGCCGCACCUGUACCCCACAAGAACUCCUCGCCGAAUUCAACAACCCCGCCUACGCGCCACACUCGCCCAACGCACGCGCCCUAUACAGUAACAUUGGCUACAUCCUCCUCGGUCUCGCCCUAGAAGCAGCGCACAACCAGCCCUAUGAAACCAUCAUCCAAAAGCUCAUCCUUGACCCCGUUGGCAUGGAGAAAUCAACCUUUGCCUCACCCACCACAGACGACGGAACAGCACUUCUACCCCGACGACCAGAAGAUAAACCUUGGUUCGUCGCUGAUUUUGGGAACUUGAACCCGUCUGGUGGUCUAUGGUCUACACCGCGCGAAAUGCUCCUCUUGCUGCACGCCCUGCAGAAUAACCUCCUCCUCAGCGCUGCCGAACUGAGAGCUUGGAUGCAACCCACGACAUUUCUAGGCCGAACAAGCCAAGCCGUGGGUAUCGCGUGGGAAAUCUUUCGCAUCACAGACCUGCCUCUUGCGUUCCCGCGCGCUGUAGAUGUCUACACUAAGCUAGGUGGUGUGCCGGGUUACGGGUCUUAUCUCGUAUUGAUACCUGAGUUUGAUAUUGCGAUUACGAUUAAUGCGGCUGGCGGGGCGGGGGCUGCGACGUCGUUUAUUUGUGUGGAUUUGCUGGAUAGGAUUGUUAAGGCUGUGGUUCCUUGGGCUGAUGUGUUGGCGAGGGAGCAGGCGGAGGUAAAGUAUGCUGGGGCGUACAAGAUGGGUGGUACAUCUGGGUCCAACGACUCUGUCGUCAUUUCUGGUACUGAUGGACCUGGUCUGGCUAUCGACGCUAUGACUAUCAAUAAUGUGGCUGUUCUUCCAGCUCUUGCGGCGAGCCAGGGGAUUCCGGUGGAGAACUUUAGCGCGAGGUUGUAUCCUACGGAUCCGGAUUCGCUGGGUACGGAUCGGAAGAGUUGGAGGAUGCUACUUGAUCAGAAGGUACCGGCAGAGAAGCUGUUCGGGGAUAUGGAGUGCAUGGCCUGGAAUUUGGGUGAUCCACUGAGGUACGUGGGUGGGCCGCUUGAUACGUUUGUUUUUCACAUGGAGGGUGACAAGGUGGCUAGUGUGGAGUUGCUCGGUUGGAGGGUGAACUUGAUCAAGGUGGAUUGA